AGAGAGAGGGACCGAAGAGAAGGGUCCAGAAAUUUCCCCAAAUCCUCUCCAUGGUUCUUCCAAUCCCUAAAACUAUUCUCUCAAAUCUUGCUUGAUUUUCAAGAUGGCAUCGGAGCAGGUUGAAAUCCACUGCGUUUCUUCUGUGAUUUGAGGUUGGCGGUGCUGUGUUGCCGUCCAGAUUCGCCAGCUUGACUACGGUGGCUAGGCGGUAAGCUUUGAAUCAUCAAGUCGCCCCUGUGUUAGUUGAUAAGAAAACGAGAAGCUAGUGAUGUCUUGCCGCAUCUAGCCGCACUGCCGCCGGUAUACAAAUUUGUUAAUCUGCAGGCGAGCUUCUUGCUGUCAUCCGCCAAUAUACGGCCACUGCCUCCUCUGCAUCUGACCAUCUGUAUGAGAAGGUGAUAAUAGCACCUGUGAUUCCCUUUGGAUUAUUGCGAUUAGUACUGACUGACUGUGAGCUCGUCAAGUCAAGCUUAUCUUUGCUUGGUGGCCGGAUUAAAAUAUUCUGCUUGUGUUGCAUGUGUGCAUCUGAGAGCAACUCAUACUAAUACAUCUACUUGCCAUUGUGUACGAGUGUGUUGCUGGUGGAGUGCUAAAACAAGUCCUGUGUGACUGGGUGUUUGUUUUGUCGUGGUGAACUAUGGCAUAUCCAAGCAAGGAUAAAGCAGGGGAUUCUAGUGUGGAUAAGCUAUAUGAAAUUUUCAGCAAAAUGUUUGAGCAGCAGCAACAACUCAGAGUGGUUCCUGAAGGAAUCAAAUAUGCACUUGAGCCUAAUCCAGUAAAGCUGGCUGGACCGGGCAAUUACAUCAGCUGGGCACGACAUGCCCAGUUAAUCCUGAGUUCUCAUGGUUAUGAUGACUUGCUUAGUGCUGAUGAAGGAAAACAACUAAGUGACACUAGUGCAAAACAGGUUAAUGACAGAGUGUUGGUCUGGUUAUUAGGAAGCAUGGAACCACCAAUUCGAGAACAAGUUGAGACUAUGACUACUGUAUCUGAAGUAUGGGCAGCUUUGGAGAAGCAGUUUGCAGGGAGAUCCAAUAAAAUGCAAGGUAAUCGUAUUAUGCGUGAAUUGACAAACCUAAAGCAAGGCGCAAAGUCUGUGACAGAGUAUGCUGGUGAGACCAAAAGACUGUACAGAGAACUGCAUUAUUAUCAUCCCUUUGAGCCCGUUGACAAACAAGACUUGGCUAUUCAUCAUACCUGGUUUGAGCCAUUUGUGAGCAAGCUCUUUCUUGAUGGCUUAAAUGAGGAAUUUGACCUUCGACGCCAACUUAUAUUCUCAAAAACUGAGUGGCUUAGUCUUGAUGAUGUUAUCUCAAGUGUGAUAGAGGAGGAGACUCGGUUGGCUCAGCCUGAGAAUGGCCUAAAGUAUAUAGAUGCUCGUGCAGCCUUAUCCAUGCAAGCUCGACGUGCCCCAAAGUUUGUUGGCAAAUCAGAUAAAAACAAACUUUUCUGCAACCAUUGUAAAAGGACUGGACACAUAAAGGAUGCAUGCUUUGAGCUGCAUGGCUUUCCAACUUGGUGGGAAAAAGGAAAGUCUCGACCAGGAGGAGUUCAUGGAGCAAACAAAAAACAAGCUAACCUCACUACAUCCAAGGGGGAGCUACCAGUGGUCGAUGUGCGAGCUCUUGAGGAUUUUACUUCCAAGCUUAGACUCUCAGAAGGCUCGUCUACUUCCCAGGAUUCCUCUAAAGCUGAAUCUAGUUUCUAUAUCAAUUCACACCAAAGUAUGAAACCUCACCAGACCCACACUUCUACAACACAAUCAAACCCUUGGGUUAUUGAUACAGGAGCUACUAACCACAUGACAGGAGCCUCAAAUUUGUUCACUUCUUACACACCUUGUUCAGGAGCUAGCGACAGGGAGACUGUUGGGGACUGGGACCGUGCAUGAUGGACUCUACUAUCUUGAUGAAGGAAGUGAUGAAGUUGCUUUUGCAUCAUGCUUGUCUCCUAGCCAAGAACUGCUACUCCAUCAUCGCAAGCUUGGCCAUCUAUCUUUUGCUGCAUUAUUAUGUAUUUACCCCUCUCUUUUCAAGUUGUGUCCCAAGGAGCUCCUUGUAUGUGAUGCUUGUGAGUUAGCUAAACAUACAAGGGGUUCCUAUCCUAGUAUAGGUUUAAGAAGUGCCAAACCAUUUGAAAUGAUUCACUCGGAUGUUUGGGGACCCUGUGAGGUUCGUUCCAUUUUUGGGCACCGAUGGUUUGUGACUUUUAUUGAUUGCUUUAGUCAUUACACUUGGCUUUA